UACGUCAUUGGUGUCAGUGGGGGGGGGAAUAGUGCCCCGUCAUUGGUGUCAGUGGGGGGGGGGAAUAGUGCCCCAUCAUUGGUGUCAGUGGGGGGUGGAAUAGUGCCCCAUCGUUGGUGUCAGUGGGGGGGAGGAAUAGUGCACCAU